GCAGGCAGGCUGACUGGUUGGUCGGUCGGUCAUCAAAACGAUGUUGUGCUGUCAGUGCGCAUGUGUAAGAAGUAGCUAGCAUAACAACCAUGGCGGCUUGUAGUUUAAUGUGCUUGACAACUUGUGGAGGUGUGCCACUAUUUACUAGGAACAAAGGAACUAAACGGCCGCUUCCCUUUCCACUCAUUGGUACUUUAAAUGGUGUUCAAAUGUUUGCUGCAUCAAGAGAUAUGGAACUGCAGUCAACUACUACAGAAAAUUCUAAAGUGUUUUGGAAAGUAUUUCAAAACAGCAUCACAUUGAUACUAAUUACCGAUGACUAUUCCAUCUCUGAUUGCCAUAUUGGAAACUUUCUCAGAAUUAUCUUCAAUGUAGUUGUUUUUUUCUGUGGUCAAGAAGAUGUUGCUAAUAUUAAGAAUCCAGAAAGAUUCAAGAAUGAAAUUAAAGUCUGUUUCAAACUGAUUGAUGAUCUGAUGAACCAAAUGAGCAGUGCUACGUUCUCUGCCAUGACAAACACUGUUGAAAUCAUCACAGGACCUGACUGCAUUCCACUUCAAUGUCAUACUGCAGUUUAG